GUCUCUCCCCCCCUCCUUCCACGUCCCAAGUUAAAUAUCCCCACGCUGAGGCUCGCUCGCCUGAAGCUGCGCCGCCCCGCGAUACUCGGUGCCGGUUCGUCGCCAUGGAUUGGCAUCCCAACCAGGAGUCCUUGCGAACUCUGGCAGCAUGUCUCAAGGAUUCGCUGAGCGGCUUCAACAAGGCCGCGCAGAAACAAGCCGAGAUCAUGCUCUCUCAAGCAAAGGCGAGCCCGGAUAUCAACAACUACCUGGCCUACAUCUUCUCGAGCGCGCAGCCACCCGCCGGCCUGGCGCUGUCGCCCAAUGACUGGCACUUGGUCCGCUCCGCGGCGGCCAUCAUGCUGAAGAACAAUGUCAAGUCGGACUACAAAAAGAUACCCGAAACCAGCCUUGCGCUGAUCAAGCUUGCCGUCCCGAUUGGCAUUCAGGACAGCAACUCUCAGAUUCGCAAUUACGCGGGAAAUAUCGCGACCGAGAUGGUCCGUCGCGGUGGUCUCUACAGCUGGCCCGAGCUGUUGCAGGAGCUUCUGAAGCUGCUUAGCAACGAGACGGGCAUGGUGUCGAAGGAGGCCCAGGAAGGUGCCAUGGCAGCCAUGGCCAAGAUCUGCGAAGACAACACCAAGCUCCUCGAGCGGGAACACAACGGUCAGCGGCCGCUCAACAUCCUGCUCCCCAAGUUCAUCCAGGCGACCAAGAGCCCCCUGCCCCGAGUUCGCGCCCACGCGCUCACGGCCAUCAACGUCUUUACCCCCAGAAAGUCGCAGGCCAUGCUCAACUCCAUCGACGAUCUCUUGCAACAUCUCUUCUUCCUUGCCGAGGACCCCGUGACCGAUGUCCGGCGCCAGGUCUGCCGCGCAUUCGUCCGGCUCGUCGAGACCCGCCCGGACAAGCUUCUCCCUCAUCUCAGCGGCUUAGUCGAGUACAUCAUCUCGCAACAAAAGAGCGACGAUGAGGAUCUCGCCUGCGAGGCUGCCGAGUUCUGGCUGUCAGUGGGCGAGCACGACGACCUAUGGCAAAGUCUCGAGCCCUACAUACAAAAGAUCAUCCCCGUGCUGCUGGAUUGCAUGGUGUAUAGUCCGGAGGACAUCGCGAUCCUGGGCGGGGAGUCGGAUGAUGAGGACGAAGAGGAUAGGGAAGAGGACCUCAGGCCGCAGUUUGCCAAGAAGAACCUCAAGCGCGGUGCAAAGUCCGACGAGUCGGCGGAGGCGAACCAAGGCCAGAAUGCGAACGCGUACGAGAAGCUCGCGAGUAUGGAUGACGACCUGGAAGAGGGCGAGAUCGACGAGCUGGAUGAGGAUGGCGGCGACGAGAACCCUGACGAGAGGUGGACGCUUCGCAAGUGCUCUGCGGCGGCCCUUGACGUCUUCGCGACCGACUUUGGCGGCCCCGUAUUCACCUGCAUCCUGCCCUACCUGCAGACCAACCUCAAGCACCAGGACUGGCCGCAUCGUGAGGCGGCCGUUCUUGCGCUCGGCGCCGUCGCCGAAGGGUGCAUGGAUGUCGUGGUCCCGCACCUUCCAGAACUCGUCCCCUAUCUCAUUACCCUGCUUGACGACCCAGAGCCGGUCGUCCGGACAAUCACAUGCUGGACGCUUGGCCGGUACUCGUCGUGGGCGGCCAACCUGGUGGACCCCGCACAGAAGCAAGCCUACUUUGUGCCCAUGAUGGACGGCAUCCUGAGGAAAAUGGUUGACAAGAACAAGAAGGUCCAGGAGGCCGGCGCUUCGGCCAUGGCGAACCUGGAGGAGAAGGCAGGAAAGAACAUCGAGCCGUUCUGCGGCCCAAUCAUCCAACAGUUUGUUCUCUGCUUCAGCAAGUACAAGGACAAGAACAGAUGGGUCCUCUACGACUGCGUCCAGACGCUGGCCGAACACAUCGGGCCCGUGCUGGCGCGUCCCGAGCUUUGCAACCAACUCAUGCCCGCCCUCAUCGAUCGCUGGCAGAAGGUGGCCGACCAGUCGCGGGAAAUGUUCCCUCUUCUGGAGUGCCUUUCGUACGUCGCCAUUGCCCUCGGCGACGCCUUCACGCCCUACGCCGAGCCCAUCUUCGGACGCUGUGUCAACAUCAUCCAUCAGAACUUGGAGCAGACUCUCGCUGCCAACAAUAAUCCCGAGUUCGACCAGCCCGACAAGGAUUUCCUAGUCACCAGCCUGGAUAUGCUAAGCGCCAUCAUCCAGGCUCUCGACAAUACGAAGGCGGUCAAGCUGGUUCAGAACAGCCAGCCGGCCUUCUUCGAGCUCCUGAGCCUCUGCAUGGAGGACCCGGCCGACGAGGUGCAACAGUCGGCGUAUGCCCUGCUUGGCGACUGCGCCAAGUUUGUUUUUGAGCAGCUGAAGCCCUUCCUCCCUUCCAUCAUACCGAUCCUGAUCAAGCGGCUGGAUCUCGAGAACGUCCUCGACGAGGAGAUUGACGGCAGCUUCAGCGCCAUCAACAACGCCUGCUGGAGCGCCGGCGAGAUCGCCAUGGAGUACAGGAAAGAACUGGCGCCGUUCGUGCCGGAACUGCUCCAGCGCUGUGUCGAGAUCAUCUCCAACCCAGCUGUCCCACCGGGCGUCAACGAGAAUGCGGCGAUCGCCCUCGGCAGGCUGGGUCUCUAUAAUCACGACAUCCUGGCCCCGCACCUGGCCAAGUUUUCGGAGGAGUUCCUCAGUUCCAUGGAGGUGAUCGAACCGUCCGAUGAGAAAGCGACGGCCUUCAAAGGGUUUGCUAUGGUCGUGGCGCAGAACCCGCAGGCUAUGGAAAAAGAUCUGUUACGUUUCUUCACCGCGAUCGCGAGGUACCAAGAUUUGUACCUGCAGAACCCUGCGAAGCAGGAGUUGCAUGAGGUUUUCCAGAAUGUCCUCAAUAUCUACCGCCAGCUUAUUCCCCAGUUUGACGAGUUUGUUGCACAGCUUCAGCCCCAGGACCAGCAGGCCCUGAAGGCGACCUAUGCUCUCUAAUUGACGAGAGUCGAUCAAUAAGGAUUCUGGGCGCGCAACUAGCAUUGCGUUCCCAAGAACACCCGCCUUGCAAUUUCCCCGCUUGGUAGAGGGAUGUACCUAUC